GUGUGUGUUACAGAGUAAGGCGUCAGGUGCCUGGAAUCAUUAUCCAAGCGUCUAUUUGGCUCAGUGCUUCAUAGAUAUAGUGGACAUCUGUGAAGAAAGAACUUCAUAGCUCAUCUGAUUGCUCCCGUCUAAAUACAGAUUCUGAAAUGUGGAAAGGGGAUCGGUAGUGUCUACUCUGUGUAUAGUAAAAUCUGACCGCUGAAAUUAGGAAUUGGCAAGAGCAUGGCAACUUUUCGUCUCUUAUUCAUUUUCGACACUUUGUACGCUCUGCUAUGUUUGCCAUCUCUUUCAAAUGAACUGCCUUUCCCUAAAGCAGACGCGGCCGACACGGCCACAGCUCCGAGCUGGACCCCACGCGUGCCGAUUACCGGGGACGAGGGGCAGACGAACAAGGGCAGCGGGCAGAGCGGACCCAUCGCCAUCGCCGUGGUGACUCUGGUGCUGUUGCUGCUGCUCGCCUUGUCGUGCGCCAUCAAGAUUGCGGGAGGUGUGGGCAAGGACCAGAGGCUCCUGCAGCAGCAGGUGGAGGGCAUGCCCCAUCAGGGGCCACAUGGAUUUGGACGAUCCUCUCCUGACUUCGCGUCGAUUCACUGCGAACCAAAUCCUCCGUCUUCACUGCUCAGCCCUCCGCCGCCACCGUACCAAGUAGAAUCGGACAUGCAUAGAGCCCAGAGAGAAAUGGGUUGGGGGAGAGAGGUGACAUGGAGGAGAGAGCAGAGAGGCCACAUCUCCAUCGAAGACAUCUCCCAAAGGAGCAGCCUUCAGCACAUGAGCGUCUUCACCAUCAGCGGUCAGCUGGAACUGCCCAGGUCGCCGUUCCCUGCAGCGCACGUCUCUACGACAACACCAACCACGCCGAAGCUUCCUCCUCCGUACUCCGUGCAGGACCCAUGCAGCAUGCCUGUGUGCAUUUAGCGUCUGUGGUUGUGUGGGAGGCGACAGUAAACAUUGCAAGACAACACCAAUUGAGGGCACGGCUCAUCCACACGUAGCAGCGGUGGAAGGAGCGGGGGCGUCAGGCGAUAGAUAAUACGAAAAGCACCCCAAGUGGGUCACGAUAUGGGUCACGAUAUGGGCCACGAUAUGGGUCACGAUAUGGGCCACGAUAUGGGUCACGAUAUGGGCCACGGCAGACCCAACGGAGGCUGCUGUAAAGAGAAAUGUGUGAAUAUUGAUUUUAGGGGUGAGAGAAACUUGUUGCACAGUAUUCGUGGUUCUUUCAGUAAAGUCACGUAGAAGGGAAAUAAUAAAAAUAUAAAAGAAUAAAAUUAUCACGACGUUUUGACUGCAACACAAGCAAUCAUCAUGAAGCUUUAAAUCAAAAUUGUUGCACGGUGUUUGUAUCUUGGUUGCUCCGAACAACACAGCCCGAUCAAAUUAAGAGGUGCGCAAGGCAGAAUUGGCGUCAUGAUUGCUGUAAGAUAAUAUAUUGAAUGUGAUGGUAUUUUGUCUGUUUAGUGUUUUUUUAUGUUUGCCUAAAUUCCAUAAUACCAAGAGCACAGUAGGUCGUAAAUAUUUUAAGUAAACAUUCAGAAUGAGUCUAUUUUGCGUUGGGAUCUACAAAAAAUAAUCGGCAGAUAUUGAAUGAAGGUAGAAUUCACAGAGAGUAAACCUAGAAGACAGUCUCAUAUGAAGUUAGUGAACUUUAUUCAGCUCAAUGAAGUGUAUUAAAGGAAUCAUUUGAAUGUCAGUUAAACAUUAUGGUUACACUUAUGCCUUCAUUGAAUAGAUACAGUACUAUAUAUAAAUUUACAUCAAUUAUAUAUAUUGCAAAGUUUGUAUGGGUAUUGUGUAUAUAUUAGAGGGUGGGGGGUGUUUGUACAGUGGUUAGCACGUUGUGCUUUGAAACGAGUCAUCCGAGUUCAAUUCCUGAUCAUGGUCAACAUGAGUGGCAAGUGGUAUCUGAACCUGCCCUGAUCCUACCUCUUCACCAAGCCACACUGACCAGCCCGGUUAAGUGUGGCAAAUCAAUUUCCAUGACUGAUAUGGCCUGGCCUUCAGCUAGUAGUAGAUUGACAAAUGGUUGUUUAUUAUUAUCAUUUCGAUGUAAAGCUUUCGUGACUGCAGGGAUUCAUAUUCUUGGAUCUUUCGGUAAAGUCACGUAGAAGGGAAAUAAUGAAAUAAUAAAAAUUUAACAUAAUAAAAUUCUCACGACGUUUCGGCCACAACACAAGCAGCCGUCCUCAUGAUACAGCUGUCGUGGCUGUGAC